CCCACCCAAGCACAACAAUACCCUUUUCACCACCUUCUCUGGUCCAGCAUCCUGUAACCUGGCCGUUUUAGGGGGUUUUCCUCUCAUGGCGAAUGACAGAAUGCUUAGUUGCCUUUUAGUUGACAUCUUUGAAAGAGACAGCGGUGUGGACAGAUACAUUUUGGGUGCUGUGGCUUAUUAAAUAUAUGAUAAAUAGUCAGUUUUUCUGCGUGAAAAAUACAAUGUGUGGUGGGAGAACAUGACAAAAGACAGAAAUGAUGGACUGUCACGUUAAUGUGUGACACUUGAGAGCCCUGCAUCUAUAAUAACUUCCCUUCUGUUGAAGGAUAUGAAUCUCAGGCCCUCCUGCACUCUAUCAGGUCUUUUGUUUUUGUAUUCUUGAUCUUUAAGUCGUCAUCAUCAGUUUGUGUCUGUUGUUCAGCCGUGUUCUGCUUAUUAAAUUUCAUUAGUCUGUGUUUAGACACAUUUAUAGUCUUUGGAUUAUAGGGCUGUCCUUUUUAUACCCCAGGAAUAUUCCUUUCUCACAUCUAGGGUACAGUUUCUAUUAAUCAUGUUUGUACACACAGCAUUUUGAUCCGAAAUCCCACAUCUUUGUAAGAUACAGAGUUUGACCACAAGGUGGAAGCAGAGCAUAACGUAAAUCAUGAUCAGACAUCCAGGCAUUUUAUUUGUGAAUCUUCCAGAAGUUUUUUCCUUCCUUUUACCUGAACAAUGAUCAGUUAAUUAGACACAGAUUCACAUGUAAACACACAUGUUUUUAAUGAACAACCUCCAAAGACACACAAAAUUAUUAGCAGAGAACAUUAAUAACAAACAGUGACAGUUGUUCUAGUUAUUGUAGAGGUUUGUGGUUUGUUCUCAGUGUUCAGCUCUCCAUCUCACACACUAAAGGGGAAGUGGUGAUGGACGACUACACUGUAAAAUCAUAACUUCAUACUUUUACACAAGUCCUGUGAAAUUUACUAAACUCUGCAUCAAAUCUAAAUGUUACGGCAAAGACACAAAUCUCCAGAUGUAGAUAAUAUAAAAUCUUAUUAUACUCAUUUAAAAUUUCACAUAUAAGAAUGAAACCUGUGACAUCAUGGCUAACUGAGGGUGUACAAACUUAUACUCAGUUCAGUCUUCAGUUCUAAUAAACUUUACUGAAAUUACACUCUAACUUGUUAGAAUUCUUAGAUCUUGUAAAUGUAAUUUAAUCAAACAAAGAAGAGAGAAUUUUAAACCUUAUUUCCACUAAAUAGAACUGAAAAUGCCGUUUCAUAUCAAUCACACAUCUCCAUUGGUGAGAGAAAAGUGUGUAGUGAGCGUGUAGAGACUGAACACACUGAGACAGGAUUUCCGCCCAGCGCUCUGAUGAAUGUGGGACAGUAAAGACGCUAAACUAACAGUAAGGGAAGGUUGUGAACAGCAGCAACACAACUGCACUGAACACAACGUUCUUCACUGAUAAUGACCUUGAGGAGAAACAGAAACAUGCUGCUGAAUAUUGUAGCAGAAAUCAGGACUCUUAGGAUUCUUCUUCUCCUGCUGUGCUGUUUACUGUGUGAAGCUGGAGACGAGACGGUCACACUGCAGGAAGUGGAAGGAACCACUAUAACUCUCCAUACAGGGAUAACUGGGAUUCAGAGGGAUGCUCAUAUAGUUUGGUUUUAUGGACCUGAGAAAGCAAAGGAAAAGAUAUUGAACAGUCAGGUGUUUAAAGGAGAAACUGUUACAGACAUCAGUGAGAGAUUUAAAGAGCGACUGCAGCUGGACCGAAUCAGUGGAGCUUUAACCAUCAGGAACAUCAGCAGAACUGAUUCUGGAGUUUAUUUAUUACAAGUCAUCACUGACCAUCUCUCAUCUAGGACUUUCAAUGUCAGUAUUUAUGCUCCAGUAUCAACUCCAGUAAUAACAAAUCAAAGAGGAAUCCAAAGUGUGAUUUCCACAGAGUCGUGUUUCCUCCUGUGUUCUGUGGACAAUGGAGAAGAUGUGAAGUUAUUCUGGUUCAGAGAGAAUGAGAGAAUCUCCAUCACCAAUAACACAGAUCUCAGUGUUCCCCUCAAUCUCCCACUUCAAAUACAACACAGUGACACUAACACUUACAUCUGUGUGUCUGCAAACCCUGUCAGCAAUAAAACAACUUCUCUCAACAUCACACAGCUCUGUUCUCACAUCUCAGACAAAUCUGAUGGUUCUCCUUCACUGCUUCCUGUCCUGAUAUCAGCUGGAGUUUUCCUGCUACUAAUACUAACAGGAUUUGUGUGGGUUUGGCUAAAAAGAAAAAACAACAAGCUCCUAAAGAAACUUGAGGAAGUGACUUUCACUGAGGUGACAAUUCCAGCUCACAUUGCAGAGAGAGUUAAAAAGGAAGAAAAGUCCAGAAUAACAGAUGAUCAAGAGCUGAAUACCUUCGUGAUGUACUCAGCUGUGGAGACACUGACAUAAUUCAGUACAUACUUAUUUAUCAAAAUGAUCUUUACAUGAUAAUUAAUCAAUUUCUUUUAUAGGUCGCUGAUCUAUA